AUGUUCAAAUACUUCCGGAAGCGCUUUGCCAGCCAUCUGACGGAACGCAGUCGCCGAAGAGCAAGGCUGGUAUCUAAAGAUGGAAGGUGUAACAUAGAGUUUGGGAAUGUAGAAGAACAGUCACGGUUUGUCUUCUUGGUUGAUAUAUGGACCACCAUCCUGGACCUAAAAUGGAGAUACAAGAUGACCAUCUUCAUCUCAGCAUUCUUAGGCAGUUGGUUCCUAUUUGGUCUUCUUUGGUACGUUGUGGCAUAUAUACAUAAAGAUCUUCCUGAAUUCAGUCCUUCCAUAAACCACACCCCAUGUGUGGAGAACAUAAACGGCUUGACCUCUGCUUUCCUGUUCUCCCUGGAAACCCAGGUUACCAUUGGCUAUGGCUUCCGGUGUGUCACAGAGCAGUGUGCCACUGCCAUUUUUCUGCUGAUCUUCCAGUCUAUUCUUGGAGUCAUCAUCAACUCUUUCAUGUGCGGCGCUAUCUUGGCCAAGAUUUCUAGGUCCAAGAAACGGGCCAAGACCAUCACCUUCAGCAAGAAUGCUGUCAUUAGCAAACGAGGCGGCAAGCUGUGCCUCCUUAUCCGGGUGGCCAACCUUAGGAAGAGUCUACUGAUUGGGAGCCACAUCUAUGGGAAGCUUCUGAAGACGACCAUCACUCCAGAAGGAGAGACUAUCAUCUUGGACCAGGUCAACAUAGACUUUGUGGUGGAUGCUGGCAAUGAGAACCUCUUCUUCAUCUCCCCCUUAACUAUUUACCACGUCAUUGAUAGGACCAGCCCGUUCUUCCACAUGUCAGUGGAAACCAUCCUCCAGCAGGAUUUUGAGCUAGUGGUAUUUUUAGAUGGCACAGUGGAAGCCACUAGUGCUACCUGUCAGGUCAGGACAUCCUAUAUCCCAGAGGAGGUACUCUGGGGCUACCGCUUUGCUCCCAUCGUAUCCAAGACCAAGGAAGGGAAGUAUAGAGUAGACUUCCACAACUUCAGCAAGACUGUGGAAGUAGAGACUCCUCACUGUGCCUUUUGCCUCUACAAUGAGAAGGAUGCUAAAGCCAAGGCAAAGAGAGGUUACGACAACCCUGGCUUCAUCCUAUCAGAAGUCAAUGAAACCAGCGACACAAAAAUGUAG